UAACAAACAAACUCUCCCGAUUCUGGCGACUCUCUCUCUCAGACUGACAAGUCACAAGUCCGUCGUCUCAAACACGUGAAGAGCAGAAUCGUGUCGUAGUCAGUCGCGGCGGCAAUGCGAGAGGAACAAAGUCCAGGUAGGGACGGUCGUCGAAGUGGAGGACUGAGGUCGUUGAUAGAGCCUCGCUUCUUGUCAUCGUUUGCUUUAAACGACGGUGGUUCGAUUUCUGGACGGAGAUCUUCCUACCUGAAACUUCCUCCUCAAGGUCGUAUCAAGCUUUCCGUCGCUAAGCUCAACGGUUCCCUUUUCGCAGAUGUGGAAGUCGCAAAGGAUUGCUCGGUGGCAGAGCUCAAAAGAGCUGUGGAACAAGUUUUCACUAUUUCUCCUCUAGAAGGUCACGGCAGGAUUUCAUGGUCCCACGUCUGGGGUCAUUUUUGCUUGUGUUAUCGUGACCAGAGAUUACUCAAUGACAAGACUAGCAUCCGUUAUCUCGGUCUCAAUGAUGGGGAUCAAUUACAUUUCGUAAGGCAUUUGUCUAUAGACCACUCUCCUAUGAACAAAAGAUCCAAGAGCCCCAGUUGCAAGCGCUACCUUCAGUUGGAAAUGGAAUCCGAAGCCAACAAAAUCCAGAACAGUAUGGAUGAUGUAGCUGAGAAGUGUUAUCCAGGAGCACAAGACGAGUUACCGGCAGCAGAAUUCAGACUAGUGAACCUAAUCAAAGGAUGGUUGCCUUAUGCUGGACGUUGGGGAGUGUCCAGAACAGGACCUGAGAGUCGCAGUGGUCCUUCCAGAUUUUCUUUGAAGCAUUUCGGUGGCAGGCCCAAGAUGUAAAACCGAUUGAUUCAAAGGAUCCCUAGUUUUACAAAUGACGUAUCUAUAGUUUGUCUUUAUGCAUUACGAAAGCUGAAAGAAGGUGCGUUUUUUAUUCGCAUUUUAUCAGCCUAGAACACAGUAGUAUAAGAUCAGCUGAUUUGUAAUAAAACAAGAAUAGGUUGAGUAUGUGUUAAUUCAGAAGUGAAAUGGCAAGGUAAACCUUAUACAUGCUGAAAAUGGUUUAACACAUACUAACCUACUGAACCCAAUUAAUUGGCCUCACCACCCGAGAAUCUAAGAAUGACCUGCCCUGCCACUAGCGUAAGAUUAUCUUCUUUUGCCUUUGUUCUAUGAAAAACUCGUUGUCAUAUUUACAUAUUUCUAUAUCUCUGAAGUUAACUUAUUGACAAUCUACAUAUGACUGUAUCUGAUUCUAAACAAUUAUAACAUUCCUAGUAUUUUUAUUUUUCAAGUUCGUUCCACCAGUGGACCAUAAUCUCAUUGAAUUACUGUUAUAUGGAAGCUAGUAUUGUACUUUCACAUGUGCUAGGAGCUUGAGAAUAUUGUUUACUUGUACAUCUUGAGAAGGUGAAGAACAUACACUCCGCUAGUAGAGCAUUGUCUUUUUAAUAUUAUAAACACUCGGAGAAUUUUGACCCUUAAUGAUCGGUUGGCCGAGUGUAAAGGUGUUUGCUCUUGUCUUAAUAAUAUAGAAUUCUGUUUUCUCUUUUUUUUCUUUAUCUUUUGUUUGUUUGUAUGUACAUAUUUGGUUUAUUGGCUGGUAAAGUGCAUAAACUCAGAAACCGUGGAAGCAAGUGCAGAAGUCGGCAGCGAGUGUCAAACCAUAGCAAGGCUCAAAGACUUUCAUUCUCGAUCUUUUCCGCAUGUUGUCAUGAGCGAAGAGUAUACCACUCAAUAAAGUAGUCUCCAAGGCACAGCCACUAAGGUUGUUACAGGUCAGGAUUGGAUUCUACUUUCUAAAGGGAAUGGAAUGAGUAAUGACUGAUGGAUAUCUGCAUGUGGGUCUAAUCUAGUAUUGGAUGUGUGAUGGUCUCAUUGUCCUGCAUGCACUGGACUGUAACAUCAAAAGGUGAGAGCAUUGUGCAUACAGUAACUUACACUAUCUGCCAACAGUAAAAAAAAAAAAAAACGCAAAGAAGUGGGAUCUUAGAUUCCCAUUCUGAUUAGAGUUGAUGUCACUGUUAGAGGAGAGCACAUAGUCACAUGGUCAAGUCCCUCUCUUCUUUCAACUUAAAAGAAAAAAAGAAAAAGAAAAUAUGAUUCGAAGUAAAUGAAAGAAAGGCAGAGGAGGGAGAUCUUGGGUAGUGAUUGUCCUCCCAAGAUUUGGUGUCCUUCGCUGUCUCUUUUGAAAUUAACUGCACGAAAGAUAUUUGUGAGGUACGCAUUCCUUUGUGUUUCGUUUUCAAACUUCAUCAUCUAUUACAACUACUUUUUGGGAGUUUUUAUUAUAACAAUUCGUGUAUGUAAAAACAAAAUUACUUUGAUUUCUUUUGAAUCUUUCUUUCAAGAUGUUCAAAAUAAACUGACCAAUAAGAUAAGAUAUUUGAGUAAA